AUGGGCUGCCGAAAGAUAUAUGGUCUCAUGGUUGCCUUGGCCUCUGCCGCAAAGGUUGCCGCACACGGUCACGUCACAAACAUCGUUAUUAACGGCGUUUCUUACCGCAACUACAUUCCGGUCCAGGAUCCAUAUACCAACAACCCGCCCCUCGUGGCCGGAUGGACGAUUGACCAGCGUGACAACGGGUUCGUCGCGCCGGAUGCCUACAACGCACCGGAUAUAAUCUGUCACAGACAAGCCGUCGCAGGGAAGGGCCGCAUUACAGUCGCUGCCGGUGAUACAAUCCAGCUGCAGUGGACCGAGUGGCCUGAUAGUCAUAAGGGCCCUGUUAUCAACUGGCUUGCUAACUGCAACGGCCCCUGUAACCUUGCCGAUAAGACUGAUCUGCUAUUCUUCAAGAUUGACGGCGCCGGUUUGAUUGAUCCUCCUCAGCGUACUAACCGCUGGGCGGCCAGCGUUCUCAUCGAGAACGGUAACGCCUGGCUCGUUCGCAUCCCACCCAACAUUGCCCCUGGUCACUACGUUCUUCGUCACGAUAUCAUUGCUCUCCACAGUGCCGGCCAGCAGAACGGUGCUCAGAGCUAUCCGCAGUGCAUCAAUCUCGAGAUCACAGGCGAGGGCACGUAUAACCCCCUGGCACUCUUGGCACUGCUCUCUACAAGGCCAACGAUCCCGGUAUUCUGUACAACAUCUACCGCGAUAAUCUCAAUGACUACGUGGUUCCGGGAGAUGCCAUCAUCUCUGGGGUCCCGGAUUCAGAUUACCGCAUCCGGCAGCGCUACCCCUUACGGCACAACUCGUGUUGUAUCGUCAACCAGCAUUCUUGCCGCUUCUUCAAGCAACACGUCCUCAGCGCCUACAACACUCCAAACACUGACUACCACGGCACUUCCGUCUGAUGAGCCUACUCAGGUGUUAUAUGGCCAGUGUGGUGGCUCAAACUACCUGGGUCCUACCAAGUGUCCGGCGUACGCUGCUUGCUCUACAGUGAACCCGUACUAUGCGCAGUGCACCCCUGCUUCAGUACCAGUGGGAUUGCAAUCACUCUAUGGACAGUGUGGCGGAAGAGACUGGCCGGAACAGAGCGCGACUGCUUGUGUCCCUGGGGCUCGAUGCUCUACAGUCAAUCCUUGGUACGCGCAGUGUACUCCUGCUUGA